GCAGAGGGGUCCUUCGGGAGACGGACUGACCUGAGGUCUGUUUGUCUCUGAGCGUCGGUACAGAGCAGAGGGGUCCUUCGGGAGACGGACUGACCUGAGGUCUGUUUGUCUCUGAGCGUCGGUACAGAGCAGAGGGGUCCUUCGGGAGACGGACUGACCUGAGGUCUGUUCAGAAACACUAGAACACAGCUGUAAUACUGCAGUACUAAACAAAGUAUUUUGGUAAACGUGUCAUUAGAAGCAUCACAACUUUUCCGCUGCUGGAAAAAGAGCUUUGAAGCUGGGAGGAAGAACCGUGACGUCAUCUUCCAGGUGUGUGAAAUGUUUGAAAUGUUUAUCUCGGACGACCUGCAGCGAAGACUCCAAACAAACACCUGAAAGCGUCAACGAUACAUUGAGGUAUAACUGACCUGCAGUCAGUUCAGACUGAGCAACCGAAGUCACCGUCUCCUCUCCGAUCGGUCGGUAAAAUCAGCUGAUCGCGUUGUUUCUGCCCGAUUGGCCCGUCCGGGGGUUCAGGGACAGAUGGGCGUCCUCUCAGACUGCCAGACUGAUCGGCUGAUCUGGAGUCAGUCAGCUGACGGCCUCAGGUUGAGCUAAGCCCCGCCCAACCGCUGCCCCCUCAUUCUUCCUGGUUCAGGUGACGACGACAGCCAAUAGAAUGAGCCUGCUGAAGGAGGCGGAGCCUGGCCGGGAGUCAGAAGCCAAGACCUGGGCCCAGUCUCUGAUUUACACUCUGGAGGAACUCGAGUGUAAGAUCUGCUACAACCGAUACGACACGCGAAGCCGGAAACCCAAACUGCUGGGCUGUCUGCACCGCGUCUGUGCCAAGUGUCUGAAGAAGAUGGUCGACAUGGGAGAGUCUUCGCCGUCAAUCAUCUGCUGUCCAUUCUGUCGCCACGAGACCUACGUACCCGACGAGGAGGUGUGGUUGAUGGAGGACGACCGACACAUCCUGGCUGUUCUGUCUUGUCAGGACCGAGCUCGCCGAGGAGGAGGCGGAGUCGGAGGAGGAGGAGGAGGAGGAGGAGGAGGAGGAGGAGGAGGCGGGGAGGUGGUGCUGAGUCCAAACAGUCUGACCGGAAGAGGAGGCGUGGAGUCGUCCCACCGCUCCUCAGACUGCCUGGUCAUCACCAUCAUGGAGCUCCCGGAGGAUUCCCCGUCCUCGGACUCCCUGAGCAUGCUGAACGUGGUGGGCCUGUACCGCCCCCCCAGCCUGGACUCGCUGCCCUGCAACCUGCCGGCUCAGAAGUGUCGCGCCUGGACGUCCCGCAGCUUCCCCCGCUGCCUCCUGGGGGCGCUCUGCCUGGUGUACUUCAGCUCUCUGCCUCUGGGGAUUUACCUGCUGAUGAUUGGUCAGCUGUGGCUGGGCGUGGUCCUGGUGAGUCUGGUUCCCUCCACGCUGCUGCUGCUCGUCCUCUACGGCUUCUGUCAGUGUCUGUGCCACGAGCUGAUGGAGGCGCUCGCCGCGCGCACGCACGCGCUGCCGUGACAGAGAGUCAACAACAACAACAACAACAACAACAACAGUAGUGCGACCAGAACCAGCAACAAAACGAGUCACCGCAACAACGCAACAACACACCGCACCAGAACCGGCGGCCCGUACGAUAAUACCACCAGGCUAUAAUUACAUGGACGUGUUUAUGUGUUCUUAUAGAGUAGAUUAUAUACUUUAUUCAUCUUUUGGUGUCGAUGGGAACCCCGAAGCUGUGUGGAACAGACAAAUAUAAAAUAUAUAAUAUAAUUCAAAACCGCCAUCGAAGGCCAAAGAGCUUUGGCAGUCUCGCCCUCCGAAGACAUCCGAGCUAAAUGACACACACGCACACACACACACACACACACACACACACACACACACACACACACACACACACACACAUCUGCUAUCACACCUAACCUCCUGGACGUGUCUCCUAGACGUGUCUCCUAGCCCAGUAAGAAGUGAACCACUGUCAUAACCUCUCUAAUCCCAAAUCCUGCUCUGAGGUGUAGGCCUGAGAAAAACAACAAGAACAACAUCAGAACCACAAUAACAACAAAGGGACAACAGAAUCACUCACUUAUAGACGGACCCAUCAAACACUGACACACCUGUCCACUCUGACUCCGCCCUCCUCUGAAUACCAGCAUAACCCCCACCCCCCCUCCCUCCUGUGGCUACAGCCAAUCAGACUAGGACCAGGUGAUGACAUCAUCGCAGAGAAGAGGCGGAGUUUAUCUCUCUCUCUCUCUCUCGCUUAUGUUUUACUGUGAAGGUUUUUUCUCUUUGUCGCCUCCUGCUGGACAAACUACGAACAAGCUGUUUUCUUUUAUAUUCGGAAACAACAGAAGGAUCCAAACUGUCAGCUGGUGUCACAGGACACCCGUCAGCCAAUCAGAGGAGGCUUCUGUCUGUGAACAUUGAAGCUGUUGUAGACUGACCCCACUGUACUGUGCAGACUGAAAGAGACUUUAAAUAACACCAAUUAACCAUGUUGAAAACAUAACAUGUAACCGUUUAUUAUGUGUGAAUAUGUAACCGACGUUCAUUAAAUGCACUUGUUCUCUAUUUUCUUCACACUCCAGUACAAACAGAGGUCCAGGAUUGUUAGCCUAGCUUAGCACAAAGACUGGAAAUAGAGGGGACUGUUAGCCGAGCUCCAUCAAAGCCAUGGCUUCCUGUGGAACUGUAUUCCCACAAUGUAGGCAGAAUAUAAAGAAAAGGAAAACAUUGCGUUGUUCUAACUCACAGGUACUCACAUAUUAUUCCAAGAUGCCUUAUUAAAUAUCAUAAUUAAGUCUAAAUUAGCUACAUGGUUGUGUAUUUGUCGCGGUUUGCUAAAAUACAAUGAAUAACUUUUAAUGAACUGGGUGUACGAAUGUAUUUUAUUCGGUUGUAACUGUAACUUUUCUGAAUCUUUACACAUUCACAUGUUUGUGUCAGUGACAUAAACACAAUAAUCGGUGAGAUGUUGUUGACAGGAAACAACACUGUGGGGGCAGAGAUCACGUUUGCGGAUGUUUUUCACGACGUGUCUUCUGUGAAUGUUAAAUAAUAAUUAACAACCAACACGGAUGUCUUACCACAGUGCUGCGGUGGAGACUUCAUGAACAGUUUUCCUUUUAAAUGAACCAAGCUAACAGUUUCCCCCUGCUUUCACCCUUUGUGCUAAGCUAAGUGUUCAGCCCUUUGCUAAGCUAACAGUUUCCCCCUGCUUGCAGCCCUUUGUGCUAAGCUAAAUGUUCAGCCCUUUGUGCUAAGCUAUUAGUUUCCUCCUGUUAGCCACUCUUGUUGCUAAGCUAACAGUUUCUCCCUACUAGCGCCUCUUUGAGCUAAGCUAAAAGUUUCUCCCUGCUAGCCACUUUUUGUGCUAAGCUAACAGUUCCCCCUGCUUGCAGCCCUUUGUGCUAAGCUAAAAGUUUCUCCCUGCUAGCCACUUUUUGUGCUAAGCUAUCAGUUCCCCCUGCUUGCAGCCCUUUGUGCUAAGCUAACAGUUUCCCCCUGCUAGCCACUCUUUGUGCUAAGCUAACAGUUUCCCUCAGACACAACAGAACAAGAUGAUUUAAUGAGCUGUUGGACUGUUCCUUUAAGUUUUCUGUCUUUAUAAAGUGCUAUUGUUUGAUUUGAUAUUUGAUGAAUGAUGAUGAUGAUGAUGAAGGCUAUAAUGAUGAGGAGGAGAACACUGUUGGUCGGCUAGCCUGCAACAGCUGUUGUCACUUCCUGUCUUUGUAGUGGGUGGAGCAUGUGCAGUGUGUGCUCCAUUAAAACAUUGAAUAAACUACAGACACU